UAAAUCUGCGUUAACUAAACUACCCGUUCACAUAUAGGAGUUUGGCUGCAAAAUUGACAAUCAGCUGUCAAGAUUGUUUUGACAAGUUUUUUGUUCAUGGACAAUAGUUUGGUGGAACAUUUAAGUGUUUUUCGUUUGCUAAAUUAUUAUUAAUUAUUAACGAUAUGGAAAGAAGGCAAAAAGAUGCAAUAGUUCAAUUAAUUGCGCAAUUGGCUUCCAGUAAUAGACAGUUGGAAGAGAUCCGAAAAAGGCGGCUACUGAGAUUGAAAAAAAUUAUGGCAGCAAUACGAAUGCGAAACUCUUUAUUAUAUUUUAUAAUAAGGAAUAACACGCCAAAGCGUCUGUGGACACACGCGAGACACGGUAAGUUCUGGGAGCUGGACAUUCCUGCCAGCAGCGACCAAUUUUUUAAGGAGUGCUUUAGAAUGAGCCGCGAAUCCUUCGCCUUUUUAUGCAACGAGGUGACGUCCAUUGCAAAAGCCGAUACAACUUUUAGGAAAUGCAUCCCUUUAGAUAAGCGUGUCGCGAUUGCUUUAUAUGCGCUUGGUUCCUCAGCUGAAUACAGGACAAUCGGCCGGCUGUUUGGAGUAUCAAAAGGAAGCGUUUGUAAUAUUUUAAUAGACUUUUGUUCUGCGGUAUGGGACAAGCUCGCUCCUAAGUAUUUACCCAGCACAUUCCUUACGCAAGAAAAAAUUGAAGAGUGUGUUAAGGGAUUUGAGAAAAUUGGAUUUCCUCAAUGUCUCGGCGCUGUCGAUGGAUGCCACAUUGAAAUAAGACCAUCAGCCGCUGAUGCUGUAGACUAUCAUAAUUAUAAGGGUUGGUACUCAAUGGUUUUACUAGCCCUCGUUGACUACAGGUAUAGGUUUAUGUAUAUAAAUGUUGGAGCACCCGGCCGCUUCAACGAUUCUCAAAUUUUCGAAAAAUCAUCAUUAAAACGAAUUCUCCAAAGCCCUCUUCUCAGCGAGAAUGCGAAACCAAUAUCUGGCACAAAUGUUCCAAUCGUUGUGCUGGGAGACUCAGCAUUUCGCUUUACGCAAUUUCUAAUGAAGCCUUAUCCUUACAACGCAACAGCCGGAAACAGCGAAAAGGUGUUUAAUUAUCAACUUUCCAAAUCUAGAAGAGUAGUAGAGAAUGCCUUCGGCCACUUGAAAGCAAGGUUUAGAAGAAUUGGUAAAGGCAUUGAUAAUGACAUCAAAAAUGCAACAUCAAUAAUAAAAUGUUGCUGUGUCCUGCACAAUUUCGUUAAUGAACGUAAUGAUAGCAUUAACAACAAUUGGAUCCAAAUCCAAACCAAUUUUGAAAUCGAACAUCUACGACAGCAACCAGAACCGCCCUACAAUACUCAAAACUACAAUCCCAGCGCGGAAAACAUAAGAGAAUCAAUCGCUUCAUUUUUAUGUACCUUUUAAAAUUCAUUUAUUUCAUACUUUUAUUUUUUAAUUCAUUUCUUUUUUUU